AUGCAGUCCAGCCCGCAACAGCGUAAGCAUGAGUACAAUUUGCAUCGAGAACGGGUGCACCGAGCUAAAGCAAUUGUCGAUCAUCAACCGCCUACUAUACAUGCUGGUAAUUUUGUCCGUUUCACGAAAUUGAAAGAAGAUGUGGACACCUAUUUCGGACAAUAUAUGCGCAAUGUCCGAUUGCUAGUUAGCUUGAACGGCACACUUCGUACCAAAGGCGAAGUUGAUUCGUUUCGCACAACCCAACCCGCCGUUCAAAGAGAUUUGAGAGCGAAGCUCAGGCAAUUGAACCAAUUAGAAUUGGAUAAUAUAGCAUUUGGUGCCCGGAUCAUGUGCAUAAAGGGCGACUUAGAUACGCGGCGUCCACGACAAUUUAGGCAAAGGCGUAAACGGCGUCUUCCUAAAUUUACGCCGCCACAUGCACUCUUAUGCAAGUAUGAAAAUCUACAAAUUCCGGACGACGAUUCUAAACUGCGUAACCUAUUUCGCCCGAAAAUCUGGUUCGACAUGGAGGUUAAGGGUUAUCGUCCAUUGGGCGUAAUCGUUAUACAAUUGUACACCGAAGCGGCGCCUCAAGUAGUCUUGGAGUUGGUUCGACUCUGUGUCAAAAAGGAAAUGGAUCGCUUACAAUUCGUGCGCUUAUUUUCUGGCCUUUGGGUAGAUGCUGAUAUCACUUUAGAUAGCCAAUCUCUAAUAAACAAGAAUAUUGAAUAUGAUAUGCGCGCAGUCGAUCACGGCAUUCAUUCCGGAGUUUUUCACUUCUCUGUUGAAAACGAUAAAGAUAAUCGUCGAGGCAUAUUUAGCUUUUCAAUAAGCUUUAAACGUCUACGUGUACUGAAUGGACGUCGUGUAGGAUUUGGACAUGUGGUGCGAGGUGCAAAAACUUUGAAUUGUGUUCAAGAUUACUCAACCAAAAAUGGCAAACCAACAAAAGAGGUCGUCAUAAUGAAUUGUGGUGUCAUUCAUUGA